AUGAAAAUCAAAGCUCUUUCCCGCUCCACGGCCUCACAGCAGGCCCCCGGGUCUGCUGUGGUCCGCCAGUCGCGGAAUCUCGACCCGGCCCAGCACCCGUUCGAACGGGCUCGAGAAUAUACGCGAGCGCUUACAGCGACCAAAAUGGAGCGCAUGUUUGCCGCUCCAUUUUUGGGUCAAAUGGGCAAUGGGCAUGUGGACGGCGUGUAUACCAUGGCAAAGGAUCCCGGCUCGCUCGAACGCUUUGCAAGCGGCAGUGGCGACGGCGUGGUUAAGGUGUGGGAUCUGACAACGCACGAGGAGAUCUGGAAUACUCAGGGACACGAAAAUAUGGUCAAGGGAUUGUGCUGGACGCCCGAGCGAAAAUUACUGUCGUGCGCAAGUGACAAGACCGUCAAAUUGUGGGACCCAUACAACUCGUUGCCCGAGGCUCCGCCGUUGGCAUCAUACUUGGGCUCCAGUGCUUUCACCGGUGUCUCACACCACCGCACUCACCCUUCAUUUGCCGCUUCUUCGUCUUCGAUCAAUAUCUACGACCUAUCGCGGCCAUCAUCCACGCCCUCACAAACUUUGCAUUGGCCCACCAGCGUCGACACCAUCACCUCGGUCUCGUUUAAUCAGACUGAAACCUCAAUUCUCGCCUCAACCGCGCUUGAUCGCUCUAUAAUCAUGUACGAUCUGAGGACCUCUUCACCCGUGCAAAAGUUGACCUUGAGGUUGGCAUCCAAUGCCAUCUCCUGGAACCCGAUGGAGGCCUUCAACUUUGCCGUGGCCAACGAGGACCAUAAUGUUUACAUUUUUGACAUGAGAAAGACCGACCGGGCCUUGAACGUGCUGAAGGACCAUGUGGCAGCCGUUAUGGACGUCGAGUUCAGCCCCACGGGUGAAGAGCUGGUCACGGCGUCGUAUGAUCGGACGGUGCGCCUGUGGAACAGAGCCCGUGGCCACUCCCGCGAUAUUUACCACACCACACGGAUGCAGCGUGUCUUCUCUGCCAAAUUCACCCCGGACAACAAGUAUGUGCUGUCUGGGUCAGACGACGGCAACAUUCGCCUUUGGCGUGCCAAUGCAUCAGACCGCAGUGGAAUCAAGAGCGCGCGCCAACGCUCCAAGUUGGAGUACGACCAGGCCUUGAUCAAGCGAUACUCGCACAUGCCCGAGAUUCGACGCAUCAAACGCCAGCGUCAUCUGCCCAAACCAAUUAAGAAGGCCGGCGAAAUCAAGCGUGAGGAACUGGCUGCCAUUAAGAGACGUGAGGAGAAUUUGCGCAAGCACACCAAGAAGAGUGAGCUAUCGAAGAGACAGAACGAGCGUGAGAAGAUGAUUCUGGCUCGAGAGCAAUAG